AUACCCUUACUUCUGAUGAACGUAAUCUCUUAAACAAUCCACCUUAUGCUCUUAACAUUCCCCUAAGAUCUCUUACUAAUCCCAAACGCAGAAACCGAAACUUAAAGCCGCCCAGGCCGUCUAAUCCUUGGAUUCUUUUUCGUACAAAUUUCGCAAACAUGUUAAGAUCUUUAUACCCUGAAAAUUCGUACAGUAUUCAAGAUGUUUCUAGGAUGGCUUCGGAAGAUUGGCAAAAUCAGCCGAUUAUAGUCAAGCAUUACUUUAACACUCUUGCUAAAUUUGCUCUGCAACGGCAUAAAGAAACUUAUUCUGGCUACGUUUACAGACCAAGGCCAAAGCAACUCAAAAAAAAGAAUUGGUCUUUUCGAGAAGUUAAAUUUAUAGAACGUAAAAUUAGUAAUAAUAAGCAAGAAGGAGCCGGCGAGCAA